AUGGUGCGCGGUAAUAUUAGACCGGGCCGUGGUGGUCAGAUGCGAGGCGGCAUGCGAGCACCUUUCAAGAAAACCUUUAUUCCAAGGCAUCCAUUCGAUUUGACAUUGGCUGAGGUGCUCUUCCCGAAAGUUGCUCAGGCUCCGGAUGAUGCAGCCUUGACGGCGGCGUUGUUGAAACGCAACCAGGACCUCAGCCCAACCGCUAUCGAACAAACCGCCAUUGCCAAUUUGGUAACCAAGGUUCAAAGUGUUUUGGACAAUCUCGUAGUCGCUCCAGGAGAUUUCAACACUUGCCAACUCGACGAAGUCCGACAAGUCGGUUCAUUCAAAAAAGGAACAAUGGUGACUGGAAACAACGUAGCUGACAUUGUAGUCAUCAUGAAAACCCUCCCAACCAAAGAGGCAUGUGAAGCUCUUGCAAAGAAAGUAGAAGAGGACUUGAAAAAUGUCAUGAAAACCGAAGUUGUCACCAAAGCCGACGUUUUGACCACUGUCAUGCACGAUAAAGGCUUCGAUAUUUCCAACUGGCAAGCAAAAGUUCGUGUCCUUAUAGCCACAUUGCCGCAGAAUAUUCGAAAACUGGAACCAGAAACUCAUCUUGAUGCGAAAAUGAUCACAAGUCACUUGGCGGCAAUACGACACAGUCGUUGGUUUGAAGAAAACGCCCAUCAUUCUUCGAUCAAAGUUUUAAUUCGUAUUCUACGGGAUGUGACAAAACGUUUCGAAGGAUUCCACCCACUCUCGCCAUGGAUGCUUGACCUGCUCGCUCAUCUUGCUAUUAUGAACAAUCCAAGUCGACAGGCGUUGCCAAUCAAUUUGGCAUUCAGGCGAGUAUUCCAGUUAUUGGCGGCUGGGUUAUUUUUACCUGGUUCGGCGGGCAUAACUGAUUCUUGUGAAGCUGGUCAUAUUCGAGUGCAUACGGCCAUGUCUCUUGAGCAGCAAGAUGUUUGCUGUAUGACUGCACAAACUUUGCUUCGAGUUUUGGCUCAUGGUGGCUAUAAGCAUAUUUUGGGUUUAGAAGGAAAUACCAGUAUUGUUCGGGAGAUGUCAGUCUGGGAUGGUGUGGUUGUUUCAUCGAUGGAGCCGGUGUAUGUGCGACCAGAUGAGAAGAAGGAAGGAGAAGAUGACGACGAUAUGGAAGGGGUGGAUGGAGAGGGUGAGGACGAUUUGUUGGAGUAAAAUAAGCAGUUUCUAUUAGAAGAGCAUCAUUUUGUGCUUCGCUCUAUCUUCUCAUUGCUAUUAUAAGAGUACUUGUAAUCAAGCUAUUUAAGAGCUUCGUUGAUGAAGCAAAAUAAUAUAAUUGAAUUCACACAA